AUGAACAGGGAAACCUUGUGGGAAGAAAGUAACCAAAGCUACCAUGGAGAAUUCAUUUUGCUGGGAGUGGCUGACCAUCCACGCUUGGAGAUGUCACUCUUUGCCCUUGUCCUGGCCUGCUACUUGAUGAACCUCCUGGGCAACACAACCAUCAUUGUGGUGUCGAGGUACUAGAUCCAUACCCCCAUGUAUUUUUUCCUCAGAAACCUCUCCUUCCUUGACCUCUGCAUCACCACCAGCCUUGGGCCCCAGAUGCUGGCGAACUUCUGGAGAAAAAGCAAGACCAUCAGUUACGGCGCCUGUGUGGCUGAGUUGUACAUCUCUCUUAGCAUGGGCACCACCGAGUGCAUUUUGUUGGCUGUCAUGGCUUACGGCUGCUAUGCUGCCAUCUGUCAUCCACUGCGCCACACUACCAUUAUGAGCCACUCUGUGUGUUUCAAGAUGGCUGCUGUCUCCUGGGUGAGCGGUUUCAGCAACUCUCUCAUACAGACAGUGAUGACUCUUAGGCUUCCAUUGUGUGGACGGAAUCGAAUAGAUACUUUCUUUUCUGAGAUCCCUGCCUUUCUAAAAUUGGCUUGUGCUAACACCUCCCUUAAUGAGGCUGUUCUCUUUUCAGCUGGUGUGAUGUUCCUUCUAGCACCAAUGGGUCUCAUCACCAUCUCUUAUGGCUACAUUGCAGCUUCAGUGCUGAGGAUCCACUCAGCUGAAGGCAGGCAAAAGGCCUUCAACACUUGUGCCUCCCACUUGAUGGUGGUGUGGCUCUUCUAUGGCACCAUCAUCUUCAGUUAUCUCCUGCCUCAGUCCACCUCCUCCCGCGAUCGAGACAAGAUGAUUUCCCUUUUCUAUACCUCUGUCACCCCCAUGCUUAAUCCACUGAGGAACAAAGAGGUACACAAAGCUGUCUGGAGAGUAAUGAAGAAGAACUAA